AUGCUUAGGCGCAACACGUUGUCCGUGCUAUCACCCCGUCGACAUGCCGGACAGCGUGGGUACCCACCUGUAGAGAACCCUGCGGUGGCACUGGGCAUCAGCCGGGGCUUCCAUUCACACUCGUCCAAGCCCAAGUGCCACCUGAAGAACCAGGGCAUGGAUGUGAAGAGCCAUGUGAAGAGAGUCUCUAUUGAGGGGAACAUAGCGGUCGGAAAGUCCACUUUUGCAAGGUUGCUGAACAAUGCUGGGCAAAACUGGGAAGUCAUACCUGAACCUGUUGGCAAAUGGCAAAACGUUGAAGAUGCGACUUCACAACAUCCAGCACCAUCCUCCAAAGAAACGGCCAGCAAUCUCUUACAAAUGAUGUAUCAGGAUCCCAAACGUUGGUCCUACACCUUCCAGACGUUCUCCUGCAUGAGCCGCAUGCGAACCCAGUUGCAGCCAGUUCCCCCGAGGCUGGUGCAGGCCGGAGACCUGGCCGUACAGGUGUACGAACGCUCCGUCUAUAGUGACAGGUACAUUUUUGCCAAGAAUCAGUCUGAACUAGGGAGUAUAAAUUCUACAGAGUGGGCCGUGUACCAGGACUGGCAUUCCUUCCUGGUGGAGCAGUUCGGUGCUAAGGUGCAGCUGGAGGGAAUCAUUUACCUCAGAGCGCCUCCACAGACGUGCAUGCAGAGGCUGGGCCGGCGUGGUAGACAAGAGGAACGAGGUAUACAGCUCCAGUACCUCGAAACCCUGCACAAACAGCAUGAAAACUGGCUUAUAAACAAAUCUACAAAGAUUCACUUUGAUCACUUGAAAAACAUCCCAGUGUUGGUACUGGAUGCCAGCCUGGAGUUUGAGAAAGAUUCUGGAAUGCAGGCCGAGUUUAUCACAAAGGUUAAACGUUUUUUCCAGGAUCUAUGAACGUCAGGACCAGACACCAGCGUCUCAGAUAUCUGGACCAUCUGUACACUGGGCCAAAGCUUUGAAAUCUGUAAUUAUCUGACCAACGUUCAGACUUCCCAGACUACUACUGAUUUACCAUCGAUUGCAAUACUGUGUUAUGUUGGUUAUGUUGUGGUUAUGUUCCAUGGCAACAAGUCUGUCACUGUCUUUGAGGAGUUUUGCAUGUUCUUUUUAAUGUCUGUGCUUGAUAUGAGUGAAUACGUAGCCCAUUCAUCAAAUGAACAAAUGUAUUAGGAUUGAAUUCAUGUGUUUCAGCCACAACAGUUGCUAACGUUGUGAUAAAUCGGUGAAAUGAUAUGCUUUCAACUGUGCAGCAACAGUUUAGGGAAGGCCCCUGCCUGUUCCAAAGACAUGAAGAUUUAAAGAAACACCAGCGGCCUGCACAGAGCCCUGACCUCUUUGACAGCUUUGGAAUGAACCGGAACAUCAGCUGAGGCUUUCUUGACCGUCAUAAGUGCCCAGCCAUACAAAUGCUUUUUAACCGAAUGGGCACAAAUUCCCACAGAUAUAUUUCCAAGUCGUGUGAGAAGCUGUUAUUGGUGAGAAGUGGCUGUUAGUUUAUUUUAGUUUUUAUAUUCAUAUUCAAAACAUCUAGAGAAUACAGCUUGCCUUGUUCGCCCUCUGCUGGUAGUAACAUGUAACUGCAGUUAUUUAGUGGGGUGCUGUAGGUUGGCAUGUUACAUUCCAAUACCAAUACUACAUUCGCUGCUGAACAUCACUUGGUUUGGUAUUGUGUAGUAUUUGGAGUUGAAUAGCAGGUCUAAAUAACUUAAUCUAUGUCUAGUCUUAGUCUAUGUCUAGGUCUAGAACCUUGUUUUUGGUGUGCAUUACUACAAUGCAGAUUUGAAACAGGUCUUAUAUAUAGUAUUUUUCUACCAAGACGUAGCAUUGUUAAACCACAGUAAACUGUUAUUAGUAAUUCAGAUGAUACACACAUACAGUUUGGAUUGACUUUGAAAAAUAAUGGUUAAUAUUUGUAAAUACUUACAUUUUAUU